AGGGUUGGCAAAAUUGUAACCCUGGCAUGCAGCCAACAAAUUUAACGACCUGUUGUGAAUUCCUUGCCCCUGCCUUGCUCCCUUCCCGUGUGACCUGGCAAGUUAAAUUUUUCCUAGUGCUGAGCUAUACCUAUAGUUUUAAUUUCCUUGUCGAUCAGCAACCACACCGCGCCAGUGUCACAUAUGUCGUAUGAAUCAGCACACUGGGCACUGGUCUACAAAAGGCGAGCUGUUCGUCUCAGCAUGACUAGCGUCAGAAGAUGAUUUCAAAGGGCCCUGCGCUCAUCAGGUUUACAAGACAAAUCACAGAAUUGAAGAGAGGCCAUGGAGAAAUUUGCAGAGUUCGUCGCAUCGAUUGGUCAGUCAGACGUUAAGGUUAGUACAGAUAUGAGCAGCGUUGUUGCUGGCAAUUGCUUACUUGAACAGCUCGCUUCAGACAGACGAAAAGAGACAGUAGAGGGAAUGGAGAACCAAGGACUGGAUCUUGAGGCAAUAGGCCGUAAACACAUAGCACAAAGGCACGGCAUUGAUUCCAGCGCAGAUGACAUCAUGAUCGAGAAGCGUAAAAAACGACGAAAUAGAACGACGUUCACAGCUUUCCAGCUCGAAGAAAUGGAGAGGAUAUUCCAAAAAACACAUUACCCUGAUGUUUAUACAAGAGAGCAACUUGCAUUAGCUUGUGAUCUGACAGAGGUAUGGUUUCAAAAUCGUCGUGCAAAAUGGCGAAAGAGGGAGCGAUUCCACGACGUGUCGACAUCAAUCACAAACAUUCGAUCUCUUGCCCCUUCGCCCUAUUCAUCAUCAGCGCUUCUUAAAUCGCAAAACUACCCCAAUACGUCAGAGUGGGUAGCUCAGGCACCUCCAAGUCCCCUUGGGCGCCCUCUCAGUGGUUGCAGUAAUCAAGCAUACGGUUCAGCCGGAUAUGUACAAUUGCAUCAUCCCCCGUCUCUUUACUCGUACCCGUAUUACCAAACCAAUGCAAUGAACAGCUCCCAAGUCAACUGUCGUGAGGCAGCCAGCCCUCCUUAUUCGAAUGGCAACGCUCCAAUGCUGGCGUUACAAUACACAGGGUACCAUGCCAUCAACGACUACCAGCGAAAUGUUCCUUCGCAGCAGUUCCCCUACGCAAGACAGCCAACGCACCUUAGGCACAUGUCCGAUUCAAGCAGCGGAGAACUGAACGUUUCUGAUGAAAACAGUCCGGACGAUGUUUUGACUGUUAGACUCAAGAAAGAAAACAAAUAUCGAUGAAAUUUGUAAUUUAUCGAACAAAGUAAUGAUGUAUUUGCUUGUCUUCACAAGAAUAUCUUACCAAAGGGCAUUUCAAAAUAUGUUAAAAACUUGAGAAAAUUUUGCCUCCUCCCAAAAUAAUUGAAGUUAGGCCUUUUUUCAAAAAGCCAAGCUCAUCUUAGCUCAUCUUAGCAUCAAGCUCAAGCCCCCCUAAUAUUAUGCCAAGCACCUGCUAAAGUGAAGUCGAUAACCUGUUUUUGCAUUUCUGGGUCGCGUUAUUCUGUCGGCCUUUUUGCAUCAUAUAAAUUGGAAAUAUCAUAUAGUAUUUUGCCUUCCAUCUUUAUUUCCUAAUCUUUCAAGGGGUAAUGCUGAGUUCUGAAUUGAAGGUUUUUUCUUGCAAGCCAAGGCACACUUUUACACCCUGGAGUUGAAUUAACCUGGACACUAGUUGUGCAUUUCCCUGAGUUAGAAAUUCCCGUUGCACAAAGAAGCAGUUUCUUCGAUUAACAAUUUGCAGGACAACCGCGGACACAAUUCCCACUGGCAAACUGGCCAGUAUUGAAAAGGGAAAACGGGAUUCCUCAGCAAGGAGGGCGCAAAUUCGUCCAUCUUGAAGAGUGUUACAAAACGGUCCUUAAUAUCUCAGGACAUCUAAGGCAAAAUCGCCGUUGGUAUCUUGGCUUGCUAGAACAAGAACCUAGUAAGCAUCAGUCCUCUGCUAAAUCAAACCACGUCAAAUCACCUCGACUUACUUGGAUAAAUAUUGCAGAUGCAGGAGUUAUACUAGAGUGGCUUUAGACACCUGUCAAUCAACCAUUGACCAAUCAAUAGACGCGUGAGUGGCAUUACGCUGAUUGAUUGAACAAUUCUGAUUGACAGCCGGUUUAAGCCACUUUGUUAGAAAAGAUAAUUAGAUGAGCAAGAGAAUCAUUAGCUAUGUUAGAGCCACAAACUUGAUUUAGGUAAAUAUUCAUAAAUCUUAUUGUAAAUUUAGAUUUGUAGUUUAUUAUUAGUUUAAUGUAGAUUAAGCAGCAAAUGAAUGGAUGUAUCAAAAUGAUUUUUCAGUAUAUAAAUGGAAGAACCUCGAAAAAUGUACUUUUUAUUAGCUACAUUUUCUGAUUUCAAGGUAUUCUUUUCCACCGGUAAUUUGAGUUGCAAUAGAUUGAUUCCUCGUCAAUUGUAAAAAAAAAAGAUUGAUUGUAACAUCACCUAUGGACUAGAAACACUAGAGAGCCACGGCAAAUUUCCAGAUCUAAUUUUCUCCUAUAAUAGCAGUGACAGUUAGGUCCACUUUCAAAGCUGCAGUAAAAGGGAAAAAGCCCUGGCCCCCUACUUUUGCUAGCCUUGACCCCCCAGUUUCAAGUUCGUGGCGUAGGACCUGUGACCAAUGUACUUUCAAUUUUAUGUUGAAAUUUUUCUGUCGCAAAAAGUUUGGUGUAAGUUGAUCAAAUAGAAGUUUUCCAGCUCGAUUUUCGAAGUGCAAAAACACCCUUCACAAAUGGGUUAUAAAUAUCCAUCGCUAUUGAACGACACACAGUUAAGAUGGCAAUAUCUUCAUAAAUUGGCCUGACAACUUAUUUCAUAGAAUUAAGAUUUUGCUCUAUAAAUUUUUUGGUAAAAUGGCAAUUUUGAUCGUUAAAUCUUUAAUUUACUGCUCGGUCAGGUACAACAUUGUUGAACAUUCUUUGUUCACAAUGAUGGUAUCAACAGUAAAAACACGAGGGUACUAGGUACUCCGCAGCGUCCAACAGGAUGGCUGGAUAUGAUGGAAGAAUUGAGCGUGAUGUCCUUGCAUCAGCUUAAUGAAAAAGCAUUGAUCAAUGCACAACAGAUAUUGUUUGUUCAGAGGAUAGCCAGAAGCAGGGACCGCAGAAGCGGAGAGGCGGCUACGGGGGCUUUAGCUCCCCCAAAUAGUUCUCAAAAUUGACUUAAAACCAUAAAAAUUGCCCUGCCCUUGGCUUUCAGCAUGUUCAGCCCCUCAAACGAUUUAGCCCCCUAAAUCCGUAAUAUGAUCCGCAGUCCUUUGCCAGAAGUUGUCUGAAACUGAGCUGAAAAACUCUUGAAUCCUAUCCAGUCUAGUUUAUUAAAAAGUGACACUGUUGACAUGCCUAACUUCUCCAUAAUUCGAAUACAAAAUUUGAAGAUCAGCCCAAUUCAUUUAGUAAGUUGUUGCCGAGGAA